AUGGAAGAUGAGUGUGUAGUUAGAGGAAGAGGAAUGCGUAAAAUUGAGAAAAUAAAAAAUCUCCACCAUUAUCGAGUUGAGUUGUUUUGUUCAGUCAUUGAUAUGCAAGCUCAAGAGUUGAAUCACCGUUUUAAUGAAGUCAACACAGAUUUACUUCUGUGUAUGACAUGUUUUGAUCCUAGAGACUCAUUUUCUGCAUUUGAGUCAAAGAAGCUGCUUCGCCUUGCCAAGUAUUAUCCAUCUGAAUUUUCUGAAGUUACUUUGUAUGAACUUGAAAGUCAGCUUGAUAACUUUAUUUUUGAUGUGCGCACAGAUGAAAGGUUUUCAAAAGUAUCGGGACUUGCAGGUCUUGCUCAGAAUAUGGUUUCUACAAGGAAACAUGAGAAUUUUCCGUUGGUUUAUUUGUUAAUUAAACUGUCAUUGCUCUUACCCGUUGCCACUUCUUCAGUAGAAAGAGUUUUUUCAGCAAUGAAGCUCGUUAAGACUUCUCUACGGAAUCGUAUGGGAGACCAGCUAUUGAAUGAUUGCUUAGUUCCUUAUAUUAAGAAGGAUGUGUUUGUUAAUGUAACUAAUGAAGCUAUUAUGCAGCGGUUUCAGAAGAUGAAAAGUAGAAGAUAA